AUGAUCAUCUAUUUAAUUAUCUCUACAAUUGUCUUGACCUAUAUUUCCUUGGCUAUGAUCUUGUUUGAAGCUGUUUAUAGCAAUAAUUACAAUUUGUAUGCAAUUACCAAGGUUCAGAAAGGUACAGAAAUGACUCACUCUCUAACAAAGACAAUGUUUUCCUCUCUGCAGGUCAUGUUUGAUGACGAGAAAUAUUUAGAAUAUUCUACAUUCGACUUUUAUGAAUAUUCCAAAUUGUUUAGUGUUGUUGAUCAAUAUAAUGGCUUUAAAUUUGGAACCUCUGAUGAUGGUUUCAAUGAUUUGGUAGGGUUGACUACAUCUAUUGACAAUCAAGUUUUGAAAUCAUCAAAUACUAGUUGUGGAAAUUAUUCACUCUAUGAUAUUCCUAUUAGCAAGAUGGAUUGUUUUUCUUUAGAUGAAAUGGUGGAUGCCCUCUCUUUUUUACUUACAAAGCAAACUGAGGACAUUUACAAUAAGAAAUUCCCUGAGCAAGUUCUACUCAAUCAAUAUUAUAAGAAUUUGGAAUUAUAUACAAGAACUAGAAAUCUUUCAUGGAAAGUUAUGUUGGAAGCAGUCGAUUAUUUUAUUGGGAAAGUGAAUGAGAGAGUGGUUAGUGGAAUUGCAUGUGCAGUCAUGGUACUAGUAAUCUUGGCCAUGUUAUAUGCCAACAAGUAUAUGAAUAGAACAUGGAGGGAAAGGAAUAUCUUAAUGCUCAUGUUUUGCAAUGUUCCACCUGAUAUUUUAGAGAACAUUGACCCUGUAAAGAAUUACAUUUUCAAUCGUUCGUUCAGAAAGAAAUCCAAACAAUCUAUUGAUAAUGAUGGAAGAGCAGAACUUAGAGCCAUUUGUGAUGCAACUGUUGAUGGUUUGAUAAUUUCCAUUGGAGCCAUUCAACAAUACAAUGCCAAUCAUGGUUCAUCAGUGAAUAUUAGAAUUGGUUUACAUACGGGAAGUGUUGUAGCAGGAGUUUUGGGACAACGUAAAUUUGCAUACGAUUUAUGGGGAGAUGCUGUCAAUACUGCUUCAAGGAUGGAAUCUACAGGUUUGCCUGGUAGAGUGCAAAUUUCACGAGCCACCUAUGAAAGAGUUCACGAUUUAUUCGAAUUUGACAUGAGGGAGAUUGAAGUUAAAGGAAAGGGCAAAAUGAAAACCUAUCUACUCAAAGAGAAACACCACACUUACAAUUUGAGCAAUAGUUCGGAAAGCGUUACUGGAUCUUCCAACAAUGAACAAUAUGUGGAUCCAUCAUCUCUUUCGCAUAAUAAUAAUUCAAUGAAUCAACUCAAUCCAAAACUAAACAGUCCAGUAAGACCAAAACUCAAAAAGGGUUCCAACAGUAACUUUACCUCAGUUUCCAAUCUAUUUGCCAAAAAGAAUUAA